CGUGCCAUAAAAGCGUCUCUCUUGCUCUUCAUCCGAAAGCAUCACUCUCUCCGGCUCUCCGCUUUUCCAUAUAACCAGACCAAUCACCGCCGCUGCCACCGCCGUCAGCCGUAAGUUUCUUCAACUCGCCGCUGUAAGAAAAGCAAUUCAAACUUCUUCAAAGACGAUUCCUUCACUUAGCUGCUUCGAAUUUUCAUAUAUUCCACACUUCCAAAACCCUAGCAAUGGAAGAAGACGGUAAAAUCGCAAGCGUGCACUCCACAGUGUUCAAAGAAUCACAGAAUCUACAAGGCAAAUGCACCGAAAUCAACGGCUACGAUUUCAACCAAGGCCUCGACUACUCCCGUCUCUUCGGUUCAAUGCUCACCACCGGUUUCCAAGCCACCAAUCUCGGAGAAGCCAUCCAGGUCGUCAACCAAAUGCUAGACUGGAGGCUGGCAGAUGAGGCUGUAGCUGACGACUGCGGCGAGGAGGAGAGGGAUGCGAAGUUUAGGGAGAGUGUCAAGUGUAAAGUGUUUCUGGGUUUCACUUCGAAUUUGGUUUCGUCUGGGCUUAGAGAUGUGUUCAGGUACUUGGUGGAGCACCAUUUUGUGGAUGUGGUGGUUACAACUGCUGGUGGCAUUGAGGAGGAUCUAAUCAAGUGCCUUGCGCCGACUUAUAAGGGCGAUUUCGCGCUGGCGGGGGCGGAAUUGAGGUCCAAAGGGCUGAAUCGUAUCGGUAAUUUGCUGGUUCCUAAUGGGAAUUAUUGUAAGUUUGAGGAUUGGAUCAUACCGAUUUUCGAUCAGAUGUUGAAGGAGCAGGUUGAGCAGAAUGUGCUGUGGACGCCUUCUAAGUUGAUUGCGCGCUUGGGGAAGGAAAUCAAUGACGAAAGAUCGUAUCUUUACUGGGCAUACAAGAACAAUGUCUCAGUUUACUGUCCAUCCAUAACCGAUGGCUCAUUGGGAGACAUGUUGUACUUUCAUUCUUUCCGCAGCCCAGGUCUGGUUGUUGACUUAGUGCAAGAUAUUAGGGCCGUGAAUGGUGAAGCUGUUCACGCAGGUUUGAGGAAGACUGGAAUGAUCAUCCUGGGAGGAGGCCUGCCCAAACAUCACAUUUGUAAUGCCAAUAUGAUGCGAAAUGGUGCAGAUUAUGCUGUGUUCAUAAAUACUGCACAAGAGUAUGAUGGUAGUGAUUCUGGAGCUCGUCCUGAUGAGGCUGUAUCAUGGGGGAAAAUACGGGGUUCUGCUAAAACUGUCAAGGUGCACUGCGAUGCAACAAUUGCUUUCCCUCUUCUGGUUGCUGAGACAUUUGCUAAGAAAGUUAUCAAGACUACUACAACUUAAUAGAGAUUUCGUCGUGAAGAUUCAUUUAGAAUACACAGUUAUACUUGAUCAUGAUUAAUGUAGGGUUAGGCAUUCCGUAUUGCAUCAUAUUCAUUGGAUUUGCUCACAUUUUUCCCCCAGUGUUAAAGUGUGCCUUGUUUUCUGUCUGUCCUUGGAGAUUGAGCCGACAAACUGGGGCAUUUAUUUUUUCUUUUCAUGUUCCAAGUCCUAUAUGAAUGAGAAGCUGGUUCCUACUUAUAGUAUCAUGCUUAAAAUCUCAGAUUCUUAUUGAAGCAUGUCACUUGCAGAAAGAAAUCAGUGCAGUCGCCUACAAAUUGUGAUCCCAUCACCCACAGAAGCAUGUGAAAUCUGGACACGAGUAUCAGCAGCAAGU